AUGGACUCUCAGGCAGGACUCACGAAUAAGGAAGCCACGAUGAGCUCUCGCGAACCCACGUCGACUCGCCCCAAGCUCGCUGAAACCUCAUCUUCUUCUCACUCCCUUCAAUGCACCGACAGCACAUCAACCAGCCUUCAAGUCACCGAAGUGUUGCCUGACGAGCUUCUCACUACCUCCCGAGCAGACAUGCCAUUCCAUGAAACAGCGCCCACCCCUCAAUGUACAAACCGUCGCCGCGACGCUGCUUCUGACUUCAGCUCUGUCUCGGCGCAUUUUAUCACGACCACGACCACAGGCUCAACGAUCUCGUCUGAGCUCCAUUCACGCGAUCUCGAUAACUCCUCUCACUGCGUUGAUCUCGACGACUUUUCUGUUCCACCAGACGCGAGAAUCCUCACUGCUCCAUCGUUCCGACAGCUUAAAGCGGCACUAAACCAGUUAAAAGAUCAACUUUCCAGCCCCAACCCCCCGUCGUCCCAGUUCAUACAUCUGCAAGACACGGGAAAAGAACUAUUCUCCAAAAUUAAAGAAGACCAAGAGCUCUUUCCCGGUGUGCGAGUGACAAUCUCGUAUCUUCGCGGCGAAGUACUGUUUAAAGUCAUGCCAGGCCACCAACAUGAUUCAAUCAUUGGCGUUUUCUCUCGAGCCCUAGCUACCCAGCUGUUCUUAAUGGGCCUUUCCGAUGACAAUGGGGCGUUCGUAUCCCGCCCAUCACCAAGAACUGAAGGGACGUCUGUGGCCAAGGAGCCUGACUGGUGGCUGUCUCCAGCCGAUGUCUUUGAUGGGAUGGGUGGGGGGGUGGGAUUCCCUAGCCUGGCCCUUGAAGUUGGCGUAUCAGAAUCCUACUCCCAGCUGUGCAAGGACGCCCAGUGGUGGUAUAACAACUCCGACCAUCUUACCAAGUGCGUCGUUAUCAUCUCCACUACUCGCAAGCCAACAUGGCGAGUAGACAUGGAGGUAUGGUCCGAAAGACCUCUCCCAAAUCCGCAUCAGAGCCGAAAUCGCGUGGAUACCUCUUUCCGACCAACACAGAGAGUUACGUACCGAGAUGGGCAAAUUCAUGGUGCACCUUUAGUGCUCAACUUUGAAAGCAUCUUCCGCAGACCCCGAAAUCAACACGAAGGGGAUAUUAUCAUCGGCGUGCAAUCCCUAGAAGCUAUGUGCCAACAAGUUCGUUCUUAA